AUGAGGCGAGGACUGCUUCAUGGCGCAGCUCUCAUCUUCACCAUACUAUCACUUGCCAAGGACGGCCUCAGCCUGACAGCAAGAGGACGGGCUUCGUUACGAAGAACCUUGAGAGGAGUAGACUUGGAAAAGCGACAUGAACAAUUGGAACAUCUAGCCGAACUCUAUUUCGGAAUAAAAAUUCAACCUAAAACGAAAGUUCCGGAAGAAUCCAAAAAGAUUAUUGAAAAUGUCUCAGCUGAAGUUAACGAUACCAUCAUCGCUGCUGAGGCCAGUAUUGAAGAGAUUAAUGAGGCCGAUGGCAUCGCUGAGUAUCUGUUCCAGGGAGACAUCAAUCUUACAGAAGAACAACUAGGUUGGCUUGAAGCUAAUAUAAAUCCGAAGAAGAGCGUAGCUCGCCAGAAACGUCAAGUCGAUCGUGGUGCUCGUCGAUGGGCAAAUAAUCGGCUAUUCUACUUUUUUGAUAGUAGCGUUGGUGCCAGAAUGAGAGGGAUCGUGAAGGAUGCCCUUCAAUUUAUCCGUGAUCGUACCUGUAUCGACUUCACGGAGAGCUCUACAGCAUUGAAUCGAGUGAAGGUUUUUAGUGGUGUUGGUUGCUUCGCUACUAUUGGAAUGGCAGGUGGUGAGCAAUCGUUGUCUCUUGGCAGUGGAUGUGAAGCGAUUGGAAUAGCAGCACACGAAUUUGCUCACGCUCUAGGAGUAUGGCACACUCAAAUGCGAGAUGAUCGGGACUCAUUUCUACGGGUGGACUUAUCAUCAGUGCCAACCUCUAUGCUGCACAACUAUAUCAAACUACCAGCAAGCCGAAUAAUUAACUACACACCGUACGAAUACGGAAGUUACAUGCAUUAUGAUGCAAGAUCUUUCUCAACAAAAGGUAACUCGCUGAUUCCAUUGGAUGCAACGUAUCUUCGAACUCUUGGAUCACGAAUUAUAUCGUUUUAUGACAUCAAGAUGCUCAAUGAUCAUUAUGGAUGCAAUGGCUCCAGCUGGUCGACGAAUCCAAAUUCAAGUCACAUCACUGCAGAAUUCUCAGUGUCACAACGGUUGUACGCUGAAUUCGAUCGAACCGAAGAUUAUGGCCGACAAAGGCAUUACAAACCCUAG